AGAAUGGAUGGUUCAGUUUUGACAGGACCAGUUGACAGUUGGCUACACGUCAGUGCGGGGCAUGGGUCCCAUCCGCACCCGCUAUAUCGAGGCCGAUCUCUGAUGGGGUCUGGGGUGAGCAAGGACACAGAAGCUGCCGGAGCUCAAAAUGAGACGGGAUCCCAGUCAAUGAGCAAAUAUCCCAGAAUCAUCAUAACAGCAGCGUCCAACGACGACCUCUUCGGACCGCCUUCAGACAAGCCUCUUAUCAUCCGGGAGGCCAGACCGGGAACUCCGAUAUAUGUCGGUCGCCGGCCGUUUCCUUCAUCGAAAGCAAAGAGCCACUAAAAGAAGAUCACUGACAUUUUGGUUGAAUUCCUACAAGUUUGGACGGAGACAAAUUUGGAUCUACUAGAGGGUUUCGGAGCGCCUGGACGGCGAUGGAGUCGACGACAGACACGGACCCCGAGCCUAUCAAGCUAAAAUCUCUUAAACGGCCGGGAACAUUUACAGUACCAUCGCAAGACAGGCUGGGCAGGUGCAGAAGCGUGAAGGAGUUUGAGAAGCUGAACCGGAUAGGAGAGGGAACCUAUGGGAUUGUGUAUCGAGCCCGUGACACAAGGACUGAUGAGAUUGUGGCUCUGAAGAAGGUCCGCAUGGACAAGGAGAAGGAUGGGAUCCCAAUUAGCAGCCUGCGGGAAAUCACCCUGCUGCUCCGACUCAGACACCCCAACAUCGUACAGCUGAAGGAGGUGGUGGUGGGGAGCCACCUGGAGAGCUUGUUUCUGGUGAUGAGUUACUGUGAGCAGGACCUGGCCAGCCUGCUGGAGAACAUGCAGACCCCCUUCUCUGAGGCACAGGUUAAGUGCAUUGUUCUGCAGCUGCUAAAAGGACUGGUCUACCUGCACCAUAACUUCAUCCUGCACAGGGAUCUGAAGGUAUCCAAUCUGCUGAUGACCGAUAAAGGCUGUGUCAAGAUUGCGGAUUUUGGACUGGCGCGGGUCUACGGGAUCCCACUGAAGCCCAUGACGCCCAGGGUGGUGACACUGUGGUACAGACCACCUGAACUCCUCCUGGGGUCAAAGACACAGACCACUGCCAUCGACAUGUGGGCUGUGGGCUGCAUCCUGGCGGAGCUGCUAGCCCAUAAGCCCCUGCUGCCGGGCAGCUCCGAGAUCCAGCAGGUGGACCUGAUUGUGCAGCUCCUGGGGACGCCCAACGAGAACAUCUGGCCGGGGUUUUCUCGUCUGCCGCUGGUUGGACAGUACAGUCUGAGGAAGCAGCCUUACAACAACCUGAAGAAUAAGUUCACCUGGCUGUCAGAGGCAGGGCUCCGCCUGCUAAACCUGCUCUUCAUGUACAACCCACAGCGCAGGGCCACUGCUAACGACUGUUUGGAGAGCUCCUACUUCAAGGAGAAGCCACUACCAUGUGAACCAGACCUCAUGCCCACCUUCCCUCACCACCGAAACAAGAUGAUGGCUGCACCCAUCGCCGAGAGCCAACCCAAACGCAGCAAAGUGUGACCUCUCAUCCUAGGGUGUGUCGAACCUCGUACAGGAUCCCUGGAACAGAUUCAGACUGAGAUGCAGGGCAGUUACAGGUGUGGACUCCACCUGUAUACAUGCCUGUUUCCAUACAGUUGGCUAAGUGUUGACUGCACCGGUGUUGGACGUUAGCAUCGUUUGCGUUGGGUCUAUGCGCUGCGAUUAUAGGUCAGUGUUGAAGGACCAGAUUGUGUAUGGCAGGUUUGGGGGGUCCUGUGCCCAGGGUAGUUUGCAUUUACAGAGUUCUCUAACCCUUGCCUUCACUGCCACAUGCUGAGGGCCAAGCCCAGCUUUACCCACCAUACUACUGCCGUCAUUAGCAUUGUUCGAUGUGUAAUAUAGCAAAUUGAAAAUGUAUCAGAUGAAGAUGAACAAUAAAAUGCAAUUUCUUAGA